AUGCCAAGCUCAGUGGAAUUUGUGACAGCCCUGGCUGACCUCCGAGCAGAGGCUAGCUGUCCCAUCUGUCUGGACUACUUGAAAGACACAGUGACCAUCAGCUGCGGGCAUAACUUCUGUCUCUCCUGCAUCAUUAUGUCCUGGAAGGAUCUAGAUGAUAGUUUCCCCUGCCCCUUUUGCCACUUGUGCUGUCCAGAAAGGAAAUUUAUCAGCAAUCCCCAGCUGGGUAGUUUGACUGAAAUUACUAAGCAACUCCAGCUAAGAAGCAAGAGGAAGAGGCAGGAAGAGAAGCAUGUGUGUAAGAAGCAUAAUCAGGUUUUGACUUUCUUCUGUCAGAAAGACCUAGAGCUUUUAUGUCCAAGGUGCAGUUUCUCCACUGAUCACCAGCAUCACUGUGUUUGGCCCACAAAGAAGGCUGCCUCCUGCAGGAAAAAACUGGAGCAAUACAAUGCACCAUGGAAGGAGAGAGUGGAACUAAUUGAAAAAGUCAUAACUAUACAAACCAGAAAAUCACUGGAACUGAAGAAAAAGGUAAAACAUACGGCAGAAGAAGUCAAGUCUAAAUUUGAGCAACUUAGGUUAUUUCUGCAAAAUGAGCAAGAGACAGUUUUUGGGCAAUUACAAGAUGAAGAGAUGGAUAUUUUAGCACAACUAAAUGAAAGCCUAACAACAUUUUCAGAUUAUACCUCCUCAUUAAAAUAUCUACUAAAGAAGAUAGACAGCAUAUAUGUGACGUCAGAGCUGGAAUUACUGGCUAAUGUUAAGGAUAUCUAUCACAGAUAUAAGAAUUUAAAAUUCCCUAAACCUUUUUUAUUCAAAUUAAAAGAAUAUGGUUACCAUCUGCCUCCACAAUAUUGUGGCCAAAACAAAAUUAUCAAGCGAUUUCAAGUAGAUGUAAUUCUAGAUCCUGAAACAGCACAUCGUAAACUUAUAGUCUCAGAAGAUAGAAAAACUGUGCGAUAUGGAAAUACAACACAAAACUUACCUCAUAACCCAAGAAGAUUUUAUCUGCUCCCAGCUGUUCUGGGUUCUAAGGGAUAAAAUUGUGGCAGGCAGUACUGGGAAGCAGAAGUUAAAGACAAGCCUGAAUGGAUUCUUGGUGUCUGUAAUGACUCUCCUUCCAGAAGGAGGAAGAGUCUACCAAUUUUAGUACAGGAUGGAUUAUGGGGAAUUUGGUAAUCUAGUCGGAAUAAUUAUAUGGUAUUGGGCCAUAAGGAAAUUAUUCUGCUGCCAAAAGUAACACCUAGUAAGAUUGGCAUUUUUUAGACUGUGAAAUGAAGUUUCCUUUUAUAAUUUGAAUGAUAGCUCUCUUCUCUGUACUUUUAAUGAUGAUUUUACAGGAGCACUUUGGCCUUAUUUUUAUACUGGAACUGACUCAAAACCUCUUAAAAUUUCUGCAGUAACAGAUUCUGAAUGAACUAUUAGAAGACUCAUUUUAUUUUCUUUCACCUAGUAGACAUAACUGAGCCAGUGAAUCUAGUUUUGGCCAUUCUGUAUUUUGUCCAGUUUUUCUCAUAAAAAAACAGUAUUUUUUUAUCUCAAUUUCAGCAACUCCCAAAAAAUGUGAUUAUGGGACCUACUUUAUAAUAAAUUAUGGGGUCAAUGACAAAGUACUUUAGAAAUUCUACGGUAAAAUACUUGAAAAAUAUAUUACUGAAGAAAUGUAUUAUGUAAGAAAAUCUAUUACUUUUGUAAUUGCCAAUAAAAGCCCAAUAAUUUUUUUUCUCAAAAAAAAAAAAAAAAGACAUACUAUAGUUUAAAAGAUAAUUUUCUGGUAGUUAGUAUUAUUUUUUUCCUAAGCCUUCUAUCUUCACCUAUUCAGUGCUUUUAUAACACUACCUUAGGUGUAAAGUUAAAAAAUGUUCAGGCUAAAAAAUUGUACAUUGUCUUACCUUAUUUUUCCUGCUGCCUUACUAAUGUUACAGAAAGAUCAUCUUUGUACUAAUCUAUUUGUAUACUUGAGAAAUUGGCUGAGAUUUCUGUAGUUUAUAAGUUGCUAUUCGUAAUUUCACUACACCUCAGAAUUAUGUUUGAAGUUAUGUGAUAUCUAAGAGUGUUGGACUGGAUGUUAGAUAAUUUGAGUUCUAGUUCUAACAUUUACUAACUGUGUAACUAUGGACAAUUACUUUGCCUGUCUGAACUCUAUAGUCCAGACAAGUCUCUCUGGGCUUCCUUUUCAUUUGUGAAAUAAGGAGUUUGGAUGAUAUGAUCUUUAUGGUUUUCUUUUUUGACUCUGAAAUUUAUGUGAUUUUUAAUUUCUGUAAGAUUUUUGUCAGCACUGAAAAAUUCAGUCUUUACAUAUGGUCAUUGUAUGAGUUGAGAUGCUGAAACUGAAAGGUGUAAGCUUCUGUGUCUUUUUUUUUUUUUUGCAAAGGAAUUAGAUUUUUUUUUACAGUAGUUCCUCCUUAUCCACAGUUUUUUGCUUCCACAGUUUUGGUUACCUGCAGCAAACUGUGGUUUGAAAAUAGGUGAGUAUAGUACAAUAAGAAAUUCUGAGACAGAGACUACAUUCACAUAACUCUUAUUAUAGUAUAUUAUUUUAAUUGUUCUAUUUUAUUAUUAGUUGUUAAUCUCUUACUGUGCCUAAUUUAUAAAUUAAACAUUUUCAUAGGUAUGUAUGUAUAGGAAGAAACAUGGUAUAUGUAACGUUUAGUCCUAUCCAAGGUUUCAGGCAUCCACUGGGGAGCUUAAAACAUAUCCCCUGUGGAUAAGGGGGUGCUGCUGAAAAAUGAAUGCAGAUGCCUUCAUUUCUCCGGUUAUAUUAUGUUCUCUGUAUAUAGGUCCCUCCUGAGAUCUCCCAUCUCCUGGGAGGUGACUCGGCUUUCUUCACUAUUGAAACAGUAAUUUUAUUAACCCCUUUGAUUGAACAUUAUUUAAACUCGAAUUCUUCCUCUUCUUUUUUUGCCUCUCCCCAUUCCCCUUCUUUUCUUUUCCCCCUUUUUACUCCUUCCUCCUCCUCUUCAUUCUCUUGUUUUUCAUUUUUCAUUUUCCCUAAUUUUAAAAAUUUGCCUCCUAAGUUUGAGAUGCCCAAGGUAGAUGUUUUUUGGAGGCCAGCACCACCUUGUACAGCCCCAGCAUUGCAUAGUCUCCUGUGGUUUCUUGGGUGGGAUGUUGGCACAUAAUACUCAGUGGCCAGAAGUGAAUUCCUCUGCAUAUUGUGCAAAUGUGGAUAUAAUUCUUAAUUUGGGCAAAAAUUUGAACUACUUAUAUUGUGGCAGUGGGAGGGCAUCAUGUAAAACAAAAAUAAUUACAUAUUUCGAUAGAAAUCCAUCAGUUAUUUUAGCAGGUUGUUGUUGGUGGAAAUAGUAGGAAUUCUGGUUAAGUGGACUUUCCACAUAAUUAAAGGGUAACAUUAACAGUUGGAAAACAACUUUUAAUCAUUUCAAGUGAAAAUUUCUUAAAUAUAUUUACAGUUCCCUGCUGUAGUAAACAUAAGGAAUAGAGUGUAACUUCUCUGCAGUGGUUAUGUUUAAGAAAAUCUGUUACUCUGCUGUAGUGUGGUGCUUGAGAUAUUCUAAACUCUUUGCCACUGCACUAAACGUGAUUCUAGUGGUGUUUCUUCUGUCAUCUCCUUCUUGGUUGCCUUCAUUCUGCUGCACUAUCCCUUUGCUAUCACUAGUUUGCUUCCCAUUGCACCUAUUAUCCCUUCUAAUUUUUACCGGUGUCUAAUGGUCUCUGACUGUUUUUUUUUUUACACUACCCCUCUCAUUCUCAUGCGGCCUUGGGUGCCCACAGGAUUUAGGUUUUAGAGUCAUCCUAUAAUAAGUUGUGUUUCUUUUAUUUAGUGAAUCAUCUUUCUUUUACCCCUUUGACACUUUUGUUGUUGUUACUUUAUGUUCUUGGUGAUGUUUUAAUUUUCUUUUAGCUUGAGAUGGGAAAACUUUUUCUGUAAAGGGCCAGAUAGUAAAUAUUUUAGGCUUUUUAGGCUCUAUAGUCUCUGUUACAACUCAGCUAUUGCAAUGUGUAAGUAGCAGUAGAUAAUAUGUAAAUGAAUGUGUCUGUCUGUGUUCCAAUAAAUCUGUAUUUACAAAAACAAGUAUCAGGUAUGAUUUGGCCAGGGGGGUAUUGCUUGCUGACCCUUGUUUAGAUGGAUUUGUGCAUUUCUGGGGUGAUUGAGGUUGCCAGAUAUCUGAACUCAGUUAAAGCUGAAGUAUUUUUCUGUCUGCUAUGAUUAUAACACUUAAUAUUUUCAUGUUGUUUUUGUUGUGGAUAUAAUAAUCCCAUGUUCUUGUUGUAGAAAAUAUGUAUAAUGUAGUUACUGCCUUAUAGGGCUGACAACUUUUACUUUUUAA